GUGCAAUCAAUAAUAAAAAUUGUGCCACGAUGGGAUCGCUGUUCCGCAGCGAGGAGAUGUCCCUCUGUCAGCUGUUCCUGCAGAGCGAGGCGGCAUACGCCUGCGUCUCCGAGUUGGGAGAACUGGGACUGGUGCAAUUUCGAGAUUUGAAUCCUGAUGUCAAUGCAUUUCAGCGUAAGUUUGUUAACGAAGUUCGGCGGUGUGAUGAAAUGGAGAGAAAACUUCGUUACUUAGAAAAGGAAAUUAGAAAAGAUGGUAUUCCUAUGUUGGACACGGGUGAAAAUCCUGAAGCUCCGCAGCCUAGAGAAAUGAUCGAUCUUGAGGCCACUUUUGAGAAACUUGAAAAUGAACUACGUGAAGUAAACCGUAAUGCUGAAACCUUGAAAAGAAAUUUUUUAGAGCUAACUGAACUUAAACACAUAUUGCGCAAAACUCAAGUUUUCUUCGAUGAGAUGGCUGAUCCGUCCAGGGAGGAAGAACAAGUCAAUCUCCUGGGAGAAGAAGGCCUUCGUACGGGCGGACAGGCACUCAAACUUGGCUUCGUGGCUGGCGUCAUACUUCGAGAAAGAAUUCCGGCGUUCGAGCGGAUGCUGUGGAGGGCUUGUCGAGGCAAUGUAUUUCUCAGGCAAGCUGAGAUUGAAACUCCUUUGGAAGAUCCUACAACGAGUGAUCAAGUAUUCAAAUCCGUAUUCAUCAUAUUCUUCCAAGGAGAUCAACUCAAAACACGUGUCAAAAAAAUUUGUGAGGGUUUUAGAGCUACAUUGUAUCCAUGCCCUGAAGCACCCUCAGACAGGCGAGAAAUGGCUAUGGGAGUCAUGACUAGAAUAGAAGAUCUUAACACGGUAUUAGGACAAACUCAAGAUCACAGGCAUCGUGUGCUGGUCGCCGCUGCUAAGAACAUUAUGAAUUGGUUUAUUAAAGUUCGAAAAAUUAAAGCUAUUUAUCAUACACUGAAUUUGUUCAAUUUGGACGUAACACAAAAAUGUUUGAUUGCUGAAUGCUGGGUACCUGUGCUUGAUUUGGAAACAAUUCAAUUAGCACUUAGGAGAGGAACGGAACGUAGUGGCAGUUCUGUACCUCCUAUUCUAAACAGAAUGGAAACACAUGAGGAUCCUCCGACUUACAAUCGUACAAAUAAAUUUACUAGCGGAUUUCAAGCACUCAUUGAUGCUUAUGGUAUUGCAUCAUACAGAGAAGCAAAUCCCACUCCUUACACAAUAUUCGUUCCCUUCCUGUUCGCCGUUAUGUUCGGAUAUUUGGGUCACGGAGCUAUAAUGGCACUUUUUGGGGCAGGGAUUUUUGAAGGAAAACCAUUGGCAGCG